GACCUGCGGGAGAUCAUGUGAUUUGCCGAAGUGACAAGAAAACAAGGUGGUUGUUUACAUUUUUUCAUUCGUGAAAAAUAAGUAUUUCCCGGCUUUUCUUAGUGGAGUUUAAGUGAAAGAACAGAAGAGAAAAUGGUAUCUGAAGUAGUCAGCAAAGAGGCACUCAAUGUUCAGCAGGAGGAGCCUGCAGAGGAGCCCCUAAGUCCAGAGGAGGAGAGACAGAGGAACAGAGAUACUUCUGUUGCUCUCUUGACCUUAUUCUUCUUCAGUGUCCUCAUGUUUACCCUGCCUUUUGGUGUUUUCUAUGGCAUGAGGGAUUUGCUGGAGACACGAUUUCACAUAGAGGGAUUUGAAAAUACCUGCUGGUCAGUUCUGGCGGCUGUAAUUACAGUCAACACCAUUAUCAUUGCGUUUGUCUAUGUGGCGUACAGGGACACAACAAAGGAAAUCUCACGACUGGCUACAGUGCCAAAGGACAAGAAGAAAAUGCCCAAAGAACGAAGGGAGGACAAGAAGAGAAAGUAGCACAUGACGUACAGAAUUUUAUUCCAUCUAAUUUGUAAAUCCAUCUAGUUGAAUUAAAUUUCUACAACCACAGAA